AUGAACAACAACAUAACCUCUCAUGAACCCCACAAAGACCAACCUACUACCAAUACUCCCACCGAAGCUCAGACCACAAGCGAUAUACCCAACUUAUCUCAUAACUUGUUAUUCUUCAAGGAUCGUUAUGCAAUUACAUCCCACAUUGACCAACAAACCCUUCCCCAUGGCUACCGAAUAUCAAUAUACAAUUCCCGCCCCAACUUCAUCAAGUACAAAUGCUAUGAAGGACGAUAUCAAAACAAACAACACCCUGGCACAUGUCCCUACUAUGCCAAAGCCACACGCACACUAGACUCUGAAGAGGAACACUGGGGACUUCAAAUUCAAAUAUCUCUUCAUGAUCACCCUCCUAGCACUCCACCACUUACUCCCCCCCUGAAUACAUCUUUACCACCACCUCCACCUGGAGUCUUCAAGAAUGCCGAAGUUCUCAUCAACACCUCAUCACGUACCAAACGUGCCAAGGCCUCUGCCACACCAGCAAAAGCUCCCAUUUUGGCCUCAACAGCUUCAUCAGACUUAUAUUACCCUAUGCCCGGAGGAACGACACUGAUUGCCAAUACUUAUAACCAACCAGUGAUCUACUAUUCUAAACUAGACACGGCAACCAUGUACACUCCCCCCUUCUUUACCCCUCCUCCCGUCCUAAUUACACCUAUUGUAAUAGCAAUGGUUCGGCGGAACCAGGACGUAUCUGUAGAAUUAACAAUUUGUCCAUCCCUUCCCAUCCCUCUCUUAAACUCCGAUUGGACCCUGUUACGCGACACGAAUUCAGAUGGCUGGACAGGUUUAUAUGAUGUGAACUGCAAAGUUUUUGCCAAGCUAGCCAAGGGCCUCAGGGCAGCAAGAUACCGCAAACAUGACGAGUCUCGGUUACGAUUGGGAUUGGGAGAUCCUGUCCAUGUAUCAAUAGAAAGUGAUUCCGAACCGGAUUCCAAUACUAGUGAUACCAAUGAUAGUGAUAAUAAAACAGAAGCCUCAAAGACGACCAGCGAGCAGCUUGCUGACUGA